GCCCCCAUCGCGGAUUCUGCUGUCGUUCUAGCCAAAGCCGCCAGCCAAGGUGCAACGUUCGGCACGCUGAACGUGUGAUACUUUGGGUAUUUUGGUUUCGUACCUUCACCACUUCUUCGUAAAUGGAGGCUGCUAACCUUACUAAUGUAUCGGGAGUCCUCUCAUGCCAAGCAAUCAAUCCAUCCAUCGGAGGCGAUUUGGGCACCCCUGUCGAUAGGACGAGCUUGGCGCAUCGCAAUCGUGUUAUCUGAAAGAUGUCACUGAUGGCAACGGAUAUAAAGUCUGGCAUCUGUGACUGCGCACUAUGAUUAGGCUUGAAAUAAGACGUCUGCCCAGCGUUCACACACCUUGUGCUCAUGUUAUAUGAGCCCUUCGUUCUCGGAGUUCCCGCCUCUGUCCGAUUACUUGCCCCGAAGUAGAAAUGCCCCAUCCUCACACCCGAACGCGUCCCCGGACCGGUGCCGGCACAUCGAUCGAAUCUCUCCCUGCAAUCUCUCGUGCCAUCCAGGCAGCGAUGCCCCGUUGCGUGCGGCCGCCCCCCUCGUUCCAGGCUACAGCACCACCAGGGUGUCGUACAUGCAAGGGUUCCUGUCGGCAACGCUAACAGGGUCUCGGCAGGCAGAAAUAUCUGGCCAUGGGCGUCUUCAACCGAACGUCCAACGCUCGUG